UUCAACACUUCCGGUACAAAAUGGCGAUCUCCACAAGACCGCAAGUGUUAGCGCUUUAUAAGUCCUUAUUGCGCGAAGCACGUAAAUUUACAGAAUACAACUACAGGAUGUAUGCUUUGAGGAAGACAAGAGAUAGUUUUAGAACCAACAAAUAUGUCACUGAUCCUCAACAAAUAUGGAAUCUCCUGAAAGAUGCUCAACAAAAUCUAACCAUUAUUCAGCGCCAGGUUGUUGUUGGACAGCUGUAUGGUGAGGGGAGACUCAUCAUUGAAGGUGGAAGGAGCAAUUCCCCCCCUGGGUAGCCACAACUGGUCACUGCCAUGAACAAAUGGAGGAAUGUGUGGAUGUUUGCAAACAUUACUGACAGUUAUCACUCUGUCAGCAAGACAUCAGGGCAGUGCUGAACUGGGAAAUGGUCUGUUUGCCUUGAACACUGCAGUGCUGGGACACCCUCAGACUUGUUACAGAUUCAGGAAUACAGAAAACAUUUUUCAGCGGGUUAAUAGUUGAAGAUUGAUGAGUGAUAUGGAUUUGAGUUUGUUAGAAUUUGUGUAUAUUGCAUGUAUCAAUAAAUGAGGCUGAUUCCCGACUUGUAAGUCAGUGCUCUAUUCCUCCAGCUUUGUAAAGUUGCA